GUGUGGUGGUUGCUGGCUGAGCUGGAAGAAUCUCCGAGCCUGGCAGGAUCAGCUGUUGGGAGAAUAUUUUGAGCAGGUUCAGGAGCCUUUGAAGGAACUCUCAAUGCAGAAUAAAACACACACAUUCAGACCGAUUCGCUUGUUUAAAAGACAAAUACAGUUAUUUACUACUAAGCCAUUUACUCACAGCGGAGGGCUUUCUGUUUGCAGCUAUAUGUGCACUGCCAAGUGGAGCCAACUUGAGGAAAGAAACAUUUGAGGAACAUCUCUCCAACACACUUCAUUUACCUGAAGUGGGACUUGGGAAGUCGCAUCAUGCCACAUCUCAGCACACUGUGUGUGUACUUUUUGAUGGUCUUGAACCCAGUUAUGACAAACACCAUCACCGAGGACAUAGAGGUUUUGGUAUUUUUGCCACAAAAUAAUUCCUACCCUUUUUCACAUACAAGAGUCGCGCCGGCGAUCCUUUACGCACAACAGAGGCUGAAGACAGACGGAGGACAGUACUCCGGGUUCCACUUCAACAUCCAGUUUGAGAACUCUAACUGUGUCAAUGAUGCUCUGUUCAUGUUAGUGGACAGGUCGUGCGGCCAAAAGCCGGAUCUGAUUUUGGGUCCGGUGUGCGAGUACGAGGCGGCGGCGGUGGUGAGGCUGGCAUCUCACUGGGACAUCCCGGUGAUCUCGGCAGGUGCCCUGGCUGCCGGCUUCAGCAACAAGAACACCGAAUACUCCCACCUGACCCGCAUCGCUCCGUCUUACGUGAAAAUGGCAGAGACCUUCACCGCGAUGUUUGAGCACUUCACCUGGAAGAGCGCGCUGCUGGUUUACGAAGACGACAAGGAUGAGCGGAACUGUUACUUCACUUUGGAGGGAGUCUAUCAUCUGAUGGCUGACUUUAACAUUAAAACAUACGCUUUCUACCACGAUAAUCGCUUGGACACUGAAGACAUCCUCCAAAACAUCCAUGACACUGAAGUGGUGAUCAUGUGCAUGGGAGCAGACAAAAUAAGAGAGAUCAUGCUGGCUGCACACAGACAACGGCUGACCAACGGCAAUUAUAUGUUCUUUAAUGUUGAACUCUUCAACGCCUCUUCUUAUGGCAAUGGCUCAUGGAAGAGAGGAGAUAAAUAUGAUAACGACGCGAGGCAAGCCUAUGCUUCUCUGAACACUGUGACGCUGCUCAGAACAGUCAAGCCUGAGUUUGAAAACUUCUCCAUGGAAAUGAAAAAGUCCAUCGAAAAAACUGGGUUUCAUAACUGCAAAGACUGUGAAAGUGUCAACAUGUUUGUUGAGGGAUUCCAUGAUGCCAUGUUGCUGUAUGCCAUUGCCCUGCAUGAAGCCAUUAAAAAUGGAUACAGUAAGAGGAAUGGGACAGAGAUCACCUCGCGCAUGUGGAACAGAACAUUUGAAGGAAUCGCUGGCCAGGUAUCAAUGGAUGUCAAUGGUGACAGAGACGGAGAUUUCUCUUUGAUGGCCAUGACCAAUGUUGAGGCCGGAACCUACGAGGUGGUGGCCAACUACUUUGGUGUAAAUGGAACUUUUCAAUUGCUGCCUGCCUUCAACAACGACCAUUUCACUCUGAGGGGCAGACAUAAAGCACACACAGAAACAGCAGACAAAUCAUGUGGAUUGGGAGUAUCAGCUUUGACUGGAGUCAUAGUGGGAGCUGUUCUGGGAACUGCAAUGCUUAUAGCAUUCUACUUUUUCAGAAAAAACUACAGGAUUACUAUUGAGCGUCGCACACACAGUGAAGAGUGCGACAUCGGGAAGCACCGUCAGUUACGAGAGGACUCCAUCAGAUCGAACUUCUCAGCAGCAUAAUCCUCAGCAGCGGCAGUCCCUUCACAGAGAAUCACACAUCUAAAUGUGACCAAAGACUUUGCAAUGGUUGUUGGUGGAGCCAUGCUGUUUGAAAUUUUGUGUUUUUAUCCUCUAAUGUUUUGACUUAUUGUAACUCAGGACAGUUAUCAGUCACAAAGCACCACUUCACUUGGUUUGUCCUCCAUACAAAAAGUAUAUGAUUGUAUUGGUGUGUAGAAAGCUUUGACCGUAAUAUUCUAGGAUUUUUGAAGGAUUUUGUUUUAGGGUUUGUUUGUUUGUUUGUUUGUUUGUUUUUAAUGUUCAGAUGGCGAUUACCAUGACUGUGAAUGAUUCAGAACAGACGGCUAUAUUUGCAUGCACUACUGGGGUGGCUGAGGUUUACUUGUGCCUCUCAGGUUGACAGGACAAACAGGAGCCUCAUGUUUAAGGCUGGUUAAUUAUAGUGGCAUCUCGAAACUUUGAAGACAGCUGGAGCUAACCAACUGAAAAGGGAUAUAGGCUCGAUCUAUAUCUAUAGGCUAUAAGCUACUGAUAUUAAGCUACUGAUAUUGUAAGGUUUUCAGUUCACCAUAACCUUGCUGAGAUCCAGCAGCCUCCAUAUAAAUGAAAUUACUCAUUCCUAACUGAGCACAUUGCUCUUAAAUUUAGGAAUGCUGGGUCACAUACUGUAUCAAUUUGAUCACAUCUUUUUUACACCUUUUGAUUGGCUCAUUUACAGCAUUUCCUUUUUUUAAAUUUGUCAGUUUGUUACAUUCAAUUAUCACUUCAUAACAAAUUGUGGAACUACUUCCUGGUAAUGGUUAAUAAAUUAUUCACCAAUGCUUUAUAGGCCAUAGUAAGAACAACUUGGAUUGAAUCAUUUUGGCUUGAUAGGUAACCAACCUCCCAAUAAAUUUAAGGAAAAGUACAAUUUAUAACUACUUGGGAUUUUCGUAGCUCUGGCAUUUGGUUCUAUCAAUUUUUAUCAUCUGACCUAUCUGAUCUUCUUAGGUCUCAUGUUUGGUGCCCUGUUGAACCUCCUUUUUUUUCUCCGUGCUGGUGAUCGGAGGAGGUUAUUAGUGAUGAACUGAUUAGAUUUAAGUGGUCAAAGGUCAAGGUCAUUAUGACCUUGCACCUGUCUUAGCUUAUGAACAUGAAAUCUCAAGAACACCUUUAGGGAAUUUCCUUAAAUUUGGCACAAAGUCUACAUGGAUUCAAGCAUGAACUGAUUAGAUUUUAGUGGUCAAAGGUCAAGGUCACUGUGACGUUGCGUCUGUCUCAUUCUUGUGAAUGUGAUCUCUCAAGAUGAAGGCCUUGGAGGAAUUACCUCAAAGUUGGCACAAACAUCCACUAAAGGCUCAUUUAUGCUCAGCAGUGUUGCUGUCACUACCCGAUACGUAGCUCUAGUGAGACACGAAGAAGAAAUAAUAAUUCAAUUUCUGUAACGCUGCCCCUGUUUUUGUCUUUUAUGCAAGAGGUACAUUAUCAAUAUCUCCUCCACAGUCGCCAUGUUUGUUUUUGAGUUUGUUGUUGUCAUAAACUUUUGACACUGGGCUGCCUCCUGGUGGAUAUAUUGGUUAACAUCCAUGCCAACGUAAAGGGCGCAUGGAAGUAUGUGGGCAGUGACGGUAACAUCGUUUGAAACAGACGUAUACAUUUUCGUACGUAAAGGGAGCAUAAAUGAGCCCUUAGACUCAAGGAUGAAGAUGACAGUGACCUCAAAAAAACAUGCUUUUGGCUUGAGCUAAUUAUGACAAAAUUUACACAAAUGUCAAAAAGUAUAAUAUGAUGACAUUUAAUAGGUCAAAGGUCCACAAAAUAGGUCAGAUGUCAACUUCACUGUGACAUCAUAGUGUUUUGCAAAAACUCUUUUCUGGUCAUUAUUCAGUGUCAUAUCUCAGGAGCAAAAGGGAAGACAUUUAGUCAGAUAUUUAAUUGGUGACACUAAUCUUGGGUGUCCAUCUUGAAACUGUGCUAAUUUUAUAAAUCUUCUGUGCUGCCAGAGGGAAGAUGUGUGUGAAGCAUCCAUGUUUUAGAAUUUGCAUUUAAUUUGCAGCAUGCAUAUUUGAAGCACUGUCAACUGUCUUGGCUACAUAUGAGUCUGGACAGACAUGGAUGGAUAAACUGAAACUCUAACUUGACUGAUUAACAGAGGCAUACAAUUGCAAGGCAGUAAUUGUAGUUUUAGCAAAAUAACAGUGUUCUGACUUUGGUGAGUACAAUGUUACAACCGAUUGAACUAAUGGCCAGAGAUAGUAGUUUAAAAAAAGACUUACAAAGCUUCUACUACUAAAGGAGGAUAAACACAAAACUUUUAAUUAAUUAAUGGCUUAUAAUGACACAUUCAUUAUGAAAUGAUUUAUUAACAUUACCAAAGAUAUAAGUUCCAAAUUUUAAACCUUUUAUAAAGUAUUUCAUAUCAGAAAGUGGAACUGAACACAUAAUCGAUUGUGAUGAUGUCAUGAUAGAUAAUUACACUUAAGUCUGAGAUGCUUUCCACAGACUGUACUGACUGCAUGAUAAAAGUAUUUCACUCUGCAUUAGUGACCUUUAGUUUUCUUAGCUAACUCUCAUGCAGAAUUAAAACACAAGGUUUUUAGAGACACAAAAUAAAGACAGUGAAGUUGGUAAAUAGCCUGCCCAGCCUGCUGGUUCAGUUUGUGUGUUGGGACAAAAUUCUGAGAGUAAACUGAUUUAUUGUAUUCAAUUUCAAAGACAGUUUUAUUCUGGAACACGACAUUCACUUGCUUUAUUUAAAGCUCUGUAUAAUGUUACCACAAUAUCUUUUGGUAUCUGGUAGGAUAUAGUGACUUAACGAUGACCUUAAUGUAUAUUUAAAUUAUUUUAUGUUAUUUAUAACAUCAAUAUUUUAAAAUAUGUCUCUCUCAGUAUUGAAAUUAUAGUGAUUAUAUUAAACUUCAUCGUAUUUGGUUUCUCCAUAUCAUUAUUUCUCCAGCUUAUCUUAAAGUUCACCUACACUUCUGUUGUUCCCAACAAUGAGUUCAUGGUAUUGAUGUAAGUUAAAAUAUUAGUGUGGGGAAUGUUUGAUCUGUAUAACAGCCAGUGACAAUUUUGGCAACUGAUAUUGAUUCUGUUCUAGUUUUAGUCUUUUGAUUAGAAUGUAUAUUUUAAUAAUUAGGCUUUGUUUUAUUCUAUGGAAACAUAAGACAAUUUAUCCUAAGUUUAUUAUGUGUAGUCUACUUUCUGUCAAGCUUUUUUUAAAUUAUUAUCAAAGCCCUGCUAUCUCCUCAGUAUCUCAUUCAGUUUGACCCAUUUGCACAGCAGUCAGAAUUACAAAAAAGGAAGAAAGUGAAAGAAGUCAGUCAGUUUGAGGAAUAACAACCUCCUUUGCUGUUUAAGCAGCUGAAAUUUAAUUGACAGAGAAAGAUCAUUACUUUAAGCAAAAAGACAUAUUUUACCGAUAGAAAGAUGUUUCCUACAUAAAACUAGGCUGCCCAUGCAGUAAAAAGAUGCAAACACUUUUGAAAUUGGUGCUACAUGACCAGAGUAAACAGAGUAAAAGGACUGUGGCAUUCACUUUUGCUCAUUGAAUAAAAAACCUACAACUACCAGAAUGGACUGUGCUCCUGCUGAUGGGUGACAUAAUGUGGACUGGUCCAUGUGAAACAAUGGCAGCUGGUGGAUUCACAAACGAUCUCGGAUUACAGUCAAAUGACAAGGUAAAACAUGUUUCUGCAAACAUUUGAGGCGAGAAAUAUGCAACUUAGUAACAGAAUCUUGGUUUAUAUUUGAUCAGCACUACUUAGUUUUACCAUUUGAUUUCCGUCUGCACAUGGGAGAAGUUACCUUGACGGCUUUCUCCAAGAAAGUUCUUUCUGACAGAAAGUUAUUCAUUUUAACCCAAACCACAACUUUUUUCCGAACCUCAACCAAGAGAUCCCUUUCUGCUAGUAAGGAAAAUGUGUUAAUUUGUUCACUGAGGUGAAUAUGCCAAUUUUCAUACUUUUAACCAGCGAGAUGCAAUGCUAUGCAACCACAAAAUACCAUCUGUCUGUCUAAGCAGCGCUCAAACCUCAUUCCAAAUUAGUCUGCACCAAAUUCUUAUAUAGGAAAUGUAUAAAUUAAAAAAAAUAACCAUCACAUUUUCACUGGCCUCUAUGCUGCUUUACUGUUUACUAACCUAUUUUAACCUGUCUAUCGUUUAUUUUUGUCGGGUUUUCCCAUGUUUAAAAAAACCUGUGUACAUAUGCUAAUUUUGGUGGAAAAGAGGUAAUAAAUACUCACCACUGUCAUGUGCUCGAUUAAGGGGCCUUAUAUCUAUGAUGUCGAUGCUAUAGCUUUUUCUGCCAUGAUCUCAAAAUUGACAAUAUAGCAUUUAGUGUCGCCAUGAUUAUUGUUACAGUAAUAAUAAAUGAAUCCGGAAGUUCUAUACAAUCUGAGUUCUCUGGUGUGUCCUCCAACACAAAUCUGAUAUCAGAAAAGCCUUUGGCACACCAUGUGUGCAUGGACAGAGACAUAUCAAAAACUUAAAGUACAGAAUAAUCAUUUCAGCCUUAUACACUGUUGGUUCCAUGUCAUUCAGAUCACUCAUAUCACCACAAAAGUCAGAUAGUGUGUGUGUGUGUGUGUGUGUGUGUGUGU